AUGGGUGAACUUCCAACCGCAACUCAGGAUACCAUCAAAGGCCUAAUCAAUGCCGCCUGUAGUACUGAAAAUGGACUGCCGGGCGCCUCCGUUGCAAUUGUGGGGAAGGAUGGCAAAUUAUUGGUCUCUCACGCAGGCGGACAGAGAGGACAUGUGAACCCCGAGCCCCUGACAACCGACAGUGUAUUCUGGAUCGCAUCAUGCACAAAAUUGAUCACCGGAAUUGCAUGUAUGCAACUGGUGGAACAGGGUCGGAUCUCCUUGGAUGAUUCCAACGAGACCGAGCGCAUCUGCCCCGAGCUAAAAGAUUUGAAGGUCUUGCAAGAUGAUGGUACAUUGGUUGAUAAGAAGCGAGGCAUCACGUUGAGAAUGCUAUUGUCUCACACUGCUGGGUUUGGAUAUGCCUUCAUGAACGACAAACUCCGGGACUACAGUCACCCUAUUGGCUAUGAUGAGUUCUCGGGUGAUAUUAGAGACUUCAAGCAGCCAUUGGUGCACCAGCCAGGAGAAGCUUGGGAGUAUGGGGUGAACAUUGACUGGGUCGGCCUUGUCAUUGAACGUGUUACAGGCAAGCAGCUCAAUGACUAUUUCCACCAGCAUAUCUUUGAGCCGUUGGGCCUUACUCAUAUCUCCAUGAUUCCAACUUCAACGAUGAAGGCCAACCUAGCCUAUAUGCACCACCGAGACUUGAACGGCAAAAUCUGGCCCCGAGACCAUCUGCUCAGACGACCACUGACACUGGAGUCCAAAUCCGAUUUAGAAUCCUAUUUCAACAGUGGUGGAGCCGGAUGCUUCUCAACACCCCAGGAGUAUUGCCAAAUCCUAGCUGUGCUUCUGAAUGACGGGACCUCUCCAACCACAGGAUCCCAGCUUUUGAAGAAGCAAACCGUGGACAAUAUGUUCUGCGACCAAAUUGCGCAUCUUCCGCCCCUAUGUGAGAAGUAUCUCUCUGACGCAAAGCCUGACCUCGCGGGCCCUAGUACGGGCUUGCACCCAACUGUGGAAGGAGAUCGCCAGGGCUGGGGAUUAACCUUUUUGCUCAGUGGAGGCUCCACGGGCCGCUCUGUGGGAACAGCACAAUGGUCUGGACUUGCGAACCUUUUCUGGUGGUGUGAUCGCGAGAAUGGCGUCGGAGGGAUGGUGUGUGCACAGGUUUUACCGUUUGGUGACGAGAAAGUUUUCAAUCUGUUUCAGGAUGUUGAGGCUGCUGUUUAUAAGGGGCUCUCUUGA